CACUGCCUUCUGCUAGCUGUUCAGAAGAGACUUGGCUAACAUGGUGCAGCAAGCAUUAUAUAGAGCCCUGGUCUCCACCAAAUGGCUAGCCGAAGCUGUGCGGGCCAAUAAGAUUGGGCCUGAACUACGGGUCCUGGAUGCCUCCUGGUAUGAACCGGGUGGAAGAAAUGCCCAAAAAGAAUUCCAAGAACGGCACAUCCCAGGUGCCUCCUUUUUCGAUAUCGAGGAGUGCAAAGACAAAUCGUCACCCUAUGAGCUGAUGCUGCCCAGCGAGAAACACUUUGCAGAAUAUGUGGGCCACCUAGGUAUCAGCAACCAAACGCACAUUGUGGUAUAUGACGGGGACCACUUGGGCAGCUUCUAUGCUCCACGGGCUUGGUGGAUGUUCCGAGUGUUCGGGCACCGAACCGUCUCUGUAUUGAACGGAGGGUUCAAGAACUGGGUGAAAGAGGGCCACCCAGUGACAUCUGAGUUCACCAGACCAGAGCCAGCUGUUUUCAAAGCCUCCCUGAACAGGUCUCUCUUGAAGACCUAUGAGGAGAUCUUGGAGAACACUGAAUCCAAACGCUUCCAGAUGGUAGACUCCAGAGCUGAAGGGAGAUUCAAAGGAACAGAACCUGAGCCAGGGAAGGAAGGACUUGAACCAGGCCAUAUCCCAGGCUGUCUGAAUAUGCCUUUUUUCAAUUUCAUGACUAAGGAAGGAUUUGAGAAGAGCCCAGAAGAAAUCCAAAGCAUAUUUGAGGAAAAGAAAGUGGAUCUCUCAAAGCCAUUGAUCGCUACAUGCCGUAAGGGGGUCACAGCAUGCCAUAUUGCCCUUGCGGCGUACCUCUGUGGCAAACCAGAUGUGGCUGUCUAUGAUGGAUCGUGGUCAGAAUGGUUCCGCCGGGCCCCACCGGAACUAAGAAUUUCAGAAUGGAAUCGUAAGAAGGGUUAAGCAAGGAUUGUUCAUCUACUAUGUGGCCUUCCAUCCUUCAAGCUGUGAAAUUUCUUAAUCAUUUCUAAUAAGAUCUGACUAAAAGUGCAAGAAUAUGUGAAACUCUUAGUUGUUUAUAAUUUUCUAUUUUCUAAUCCAUUAUUGUUACUUUAAAUUAUCAUAAUGAGGUAAAUGAAUAAACAGAAUAUCAAAUCGAGAA